AUGAGCACCCAAACACCCGAGAGGCCGAUGCAAGUCGAACGGACCGUGGAUGUGCGGCUGGUCGAUGCGAUUACCUGGUGGUCGAGCAGCAAACAGGGCGUUCUCUACGCCGCGAACGCCAGAAGACUCGAAAUCCUUCUGAAAAAACUGCCAAUCGUCUCUUACCAUCAUGAUUUGGCCAACUUAGAAUUAGGUCCAGAUGAAAUCGCUGUCAACAAGGAAGGCUUGACGCCGGAAAAUCUCACGAACAAAAAAGAAAUGGCCGCAAUGAUUUUGAGGCCGUAUGGGAACUUGGAGAACUUCUUGAAGGCGAAAUACAACGUCGCACUGAUCUACGUCAACAGCCCGCUCCUGGUCACUGAGCGUAGUCGACCUUUCUCCAUCGAGGAGUUCAGCGUCAAACUCAAGGCAGCUCCGAUCAACUACUUCUUCCCUGUGGUCACCGAGGAAGUCAAGGCCGAGCCAGAAUCGGACUUCGUCAUGCUCUGA